UUGGUCCCUUCAGUUUUCCUCUAUUUUUCUUAAAAGUUCCAAACAAAUGCUUUUCUACUUGUUUCUUAGUGAGUUGGGUUUCUUUUUUCGUUUUAGGGUAUUUUUUUAGAUUCUCAGGGUUGGGAUGAAACUUUGAGAAUUUAGUUUGCUAGGAUUAUUGUUAACUGGUAUCUCUUUGUGUAUAUAACAUUUUGAUUGUGAGUGUAUGUGGGCUUGUUUGUUUAACUUAGUGUGUAAUUGAAAGAGAAUCCAAAUCAGAGAGUUGUGUAGUCACUGGAAGGUACAAGGAAAGGGUAUUCAGCCUUUGUGAGUCGCUAAAAUAAAUAGCUGCUGAGUGAUUAUUAAUGGCGCCGAAUCCUAGAGUUGCAGCAGCCUUCCGUGCAAUGAAGGAUAUUGGAAUUAAAGAAGAUAAAGUGAAACCAGUGUUAAUUAAACUUCUAAAAUUAUAUGAAAAAAACUGGGAACUUAUUGAAGAAGAGAAUUACAGAGCUCUUGCAGAUGCCAUAUUUGAGGUGGAGGAUACUAAGGUUGUGGAUCAAAAGAAGAAAUGCAACAAUACUGAUGAGGAGGAUUUGGAGGAAGAAGCUCAGACGCAUGAUGAGCCUGAACGCCCCCUAAAGAGGUUGCACUUGAGAAGUCAAGGUGGUCAGGUUUCACCGUUGGUCAACUCUUGCAGCCACAAUUUGGAUGGAAGUUCGUCUGAAAGGCCUAAAAUGGAGGAGGAUGAACUGCCCAAGUCUCAUUUCCAACAGCGGCCUCAGGAAAUAAUGGAGACACCUCAGUCCAUCCAGCAAACCAUCUCACCUCAGCUUAGUAUUGUUAAUAAGGGCAAGAAACCUCUCUUACCUCGUAUUGAUUCCCUUGAGAAAAGAUCCAUGUCAGAUAGAGAAUCUCAUGUUGUGCACAUUAAAGAGCCAAUGGUUGAGUCAGACAUUGCUCUUUUGCCCAAGCAGAAGAUUCCUAAUACUCGCGUUUUGAUCAAGCCAAAGGAUGAGCCAUUUGAUGACAUGUUUAACAGUGAUGUACCAGACCACGAGGUGCCUAUUGCAGUGAUCCAUCCAGAUCCCUGUAAGGUAGAUUCUUCAGUUGGGCAUGUUUCAGUUAAAAAACAAGAUGGUCCAGAAAUUCCAGCUUCCCAAUGUCUUGGUGAAGGAAAUAGAGGUGAUGGUACUCUAGCUCCAUCAAGCGAGAGGGAAACCAACCAUACACUUGCAACCAUCCCAGAGGAACCUCCUCCCAUUGUUGAGAUUGCCUCCUUGCCCUUGGGAGAGGAAGGAUCAAUAAAGAGAAUUCCAACUCCUGAUGUAUUGGGGAGAUCUUCCCCAAAGGAUGCUUUGGAUAUGGAAGACAAAGAAGAAAAUUUGAGCUUGUCACCCCAUUCUUCUAAUGGAUCAGUCCAUAUUCAAUGCUCUCCUGCAGUGGCUGAGCAUUUUUCAAGACUUCCGCAGGCUUUGAAUGGUCUUGAUGGUCACAUACAUGCCGGUAAGAAAAUCACUAAAAGUAGCUGUGCUGGAAGUGAGCCUGAAAAGGAACUGGAAGAUCCUGAAUCAAGGAAUUCAUGUAGUUUGGUGGUUGUCCCGCAAUAUCAGAUAAGUCCUAGUGAUUCAAUGUCUAUCCAUGAUGUUAACGAUGUCUCAAAAGGAGAAGAAAAGGUCAGAAUUCCAUGGGUCAAUGCAAUCAACAUUGAACGUCUACCACCCUUUAAGUACAUACCUCAAAACCUUGUUUUCCAAAAUGCUUAUGUUAACUUGACCCUUUCUCGGAUUGGAGAUGAGGACUGCUGUUUGGCUUGUUUGGGUGAUUGCCUAUCCUCAUCUACACCUUGUCAUUGUGCAAAUGAAACUGGACGCCAGUUUGCCUACACACAAGGAGGUCUUCUUAGGGAAAAGUUCUUGGAAGAGUGCAUCUCUAUGACUCAUGACCCACAAAGACACGGGCAUUUGUAUUGUAGAGAAUGUCCGCUUGAAAGAUUGAGGAAUGGGGACUGUUUAGAACCAUGCAAAGGCCACUUAAGGAGGAAGUUUAUCAAGGAAUGCUGGAACAAGUGUGGCUGCAGUAAAAAAUGUGGCAAUCGAGUGGUACAGCGAGGCAUAACUUGCAAGUUGCAGGUGUUUUGCACUUCUGAAGGAAAAGGGUGGGGUCUCCGAACCCUAGAGGAACUGCCAAGAGGUGCAUUUGUGUGUGAGUAUGCUGGAGAAAUUCUAACCAACACUGAGUUGUAUGAUAGGAACUUGGAAAAAAGCAGAAGUGGCAAACCGGCAUACUCAGUGCUACUUGAUGCUGACUGGGGUUCAGGAGAUCUAAAUAAUGAAGAAGCUCUCUGUUUGGACGCAACAUUUUUUGGCAAUGUUGCUAGGUUUAUUAACCAUAGGUGUUUGGAUGCAAACUUGGUAGAGAUCCCUGUUAAAGUGGAGAGCCCUGAUCAUGCCUACUACCAUCUUGGCUUCUUCACUACAAGGGUAGUAGCUGCCAUGGAAGAGCUCACUUGGGAUUAUGGCAUCGACUUUGAAGACCAUGAUCAGCCUGUGAGGACAUUCUGGUGCCGAUGCAGUAGCAAGUUCUGCAGGAACAUGAAGCGUUCAAAUGGAUCUAGAUCUGCAUCAACUGCAAGAUGAACAACAAUGGGGAUUGAUUUACUGGCCUUCCCCACAGCGAAGAAAUAUGGAUGAAGCAGAUUGUAGAUUGUACCGGACUAGAGUUGCUCAAACUCUACUGCCUAGUGUAAAGUGGCAGAUAGAUUUUUCAGAUGCUUUUGAACAAGAUUUUGGUAGAUUCACCCUAGGUGGUUCAAAGUCAUCGGUCCUCUUGACAAAAGAUCUUGCCACUAACUGUGGGCUAUCGGACGGUCUUGACAAUAGGAAUAUGGUUCUGUUUAGCUGUUGCUUUAGAAAGGGUGCAACUGUUUGUUAAAUUGGUUCCACGACCAAUGGGAUGUAUAAUGCAUGUAAUGGGAAAUUUGCUGGGAAAAAUAGCAGGUUUAACAACCUUGCUAUAUGGUGACUGAUCCAAUUGUUUACAAGAUUUCCGGUUGCUUAAGGGCGGUUUGUUUUCUGUCAAGCCUGAAAAGUUGCUUCAAACCUUUUCUGCUUUCC